CUGUCCGUGGAUUCUUGGUCCGGCGAAGAAGGAAGGGUUUCCUCUUUCGCCUUCCCGGUUCCUGCCGCCGGCGUCUCGUCGCGGCCGCCGGUUCGGCAGGCAGGCAUCUCUCUGUGUCCACCACUGUAAUUUAUAACGAAGUCUGCAAAAUCAACAUUAUUCGAGCAUUUAUUGAAAUAUGGUAUCAGUCAAUCUUGGUCUAGUACAUUAUGUACUAGACCACAUAUAUGGUACUGUUCUACAUCGCACUAAAUUAGGAACACCAUUUUUCUCAAAAGGAUGGGGAGGUACCAAGCUUGAUUUGUUAGAGAGGAUAGUGAAACAGCUAUUCCCUGAGGCACAUUGUCAGAACUGGCCACCAGCUGCCGUGCAACCCAUAUGGAAAACAAUUUGGGAGACAAAGAGCUCUUGUCUGCGAGAAGGUGUUUUCAGGACUACAUGCGAUCCGCAACUAAUUGAUGCAUUGCCUCCUGAGAGUCACAAUGCAAGAGUCGCUUUUCUUACACCCAAGUCGGUUUCUCCUGAGAAGAUGGCUUGUGUGAUUCAUCUGGCAGGCACUGGUGAUCACUCAUUUGAGAGAAGACUUCGGCUUGGUGGGCCUCUUUUGAAGGACAACAUUGCAACUAUGGUUCUUGAGAGCCCUUAUUAUGGACAACGACGACCAAGCAUGCAGCACGGUUCAAAGCUUCAGUGUGUGAGUGACUUGCUACUCUUAGGAAAAGCCACUAUUGAUGAAGCCCGCAGCCUUCUGUAUUGGUUGCAGAAUGAGGCUGGUUAUGGAAAGAUGGGCAUAUGUGGGCUCAGUAUGGGUGGUGUACAUGCUGCAAUGGUUGGAUCCUUGCAUCCUACACCAAUUGCAACGCUGCCAUUUCUUGCUCCACAUUCUGCUGUGGUACCUUUCUGUGACGGACUCUUCAGUUAUGCCACAGCUUGGGAUGUAUUGAGGGAAGAUGCAGCAUCGUUAACUCAAGACGUAACUUCUUUGACGGAAGAUGCGACACAGAAAUUACCGAUCACUAUUGAGCAAGUAAAAGAGAGGUUACGAUCAGUGCUGUCUCUGACUGACGUCACUCGAUUUCCAGUGCCAAAGAACCCACAGGCUGUCAUUUUUGUUGGUGCAACGGAUGAUGGUUACAUUCCCAAACAUUCGAUAAUGCAGCUUCAGAAGGCAUGGCCAGGUUCAGAGGUCCGGUGGGUAACCGGUGGGCACGUAUCGUCGUUUCUCCUCCACAACGACGCAUUUCGCAAAGCCAUUGCUGAUGCUCUUGAUAGACUAUAGCAGCGAAGGAAAUUCAUCUUUGUGAUUACAUUUUCUUGCUGUGCUUCUUGUGAACUCAGGGGCAUGGCACAGGAAAAGACACAUUUUUUUUUUUUUUUGUAAAAAUGGGAGAGCCCAGAGACACCACAUUCUUCUGCCUGUAAGGCUGUAUUAAACUGUGUUUUGCCCAAGAUUGGGAAGAUGAGUACUCAUGUAUAACAUUGCAUUUGCUACCUGUUAACUCACCAUUAUCAUCUGUCCCAAAUUUCACCUACUAACCUUGCAACUGAAGCCAUGCCUCGUGUGUUGUUGUGA